AUGGGCGUGCUUCCAUGGGAGCCGUUUGAGGAUCCCGCCGUGUCCUGGGCAAAGCUCCAUGGGGGCCCGGUCGGCGUGGUGGAAGAGGAGCGUCCCGAGGGAGUCGCGGAGGCAGAUUGGCGCAUCCAGCAGAGGUGCAAGAGAGAGCUCAAGAAGAAGGUCCCUGCAUGGAAGACCAUCACGAACGAGACGGUCACUGAGAAUCACACCAAGACGCGCAAGGGCAUGCUUUACGGCAUCACCUUCCCCUGGACCGAAGACAUGCUCCAUAGCGAGGAGUGGGGCGCAGAGUGGCUCACCAAGGCGAUGCAUGCUGCCGGCACCCUGCCGCAAGAGAACCGGGUAACAAAGGUGAUCCCGGACAAGAGAUACAAGAUUACCACCGGCAACAACGGUGGCAAGUUCCUUUUCGAGGUCGAGUACGAAAUGCCGGACGACUGCCUCCACACCAAGCUCUUUGCCAAGAUCCCGCAUGGCAUGGAGAAGGAGACGAUGUCGGAUCGCCUGAGCAGCUCCGUCAACAAACAGCCCAUGGAGCUCUACGAGCUCAACACGUCUCGGCUGCUCGAGGCGAAGCUGCCGGUGAAGAUCCCCAGGUUCUACUUUGGUGACAUCAGCAACGAGACGUCGAACUGGAUUCUCAUCACUGAGGCCGUCAAGUUCCAUGAUCCCUCGCGCCUGGAUUUCGAAGGGAAGACCCGGGAUCUCCCGAAGCAGAGGCUUGGGCCCUAUGAAAUCGAGGGCCCAUACGACAAGUGCAUGGACUGGUGCCUCCGAGGGGACCCAGCCGAGUACUACUUGGCUCUGGUGCGACAGGGGGGACUCAUGGCCGGCCGCUACAAGGCCGGCAGCUUCGGGGAUCCGAAGUUGGUCUCCAAGCACUUCGAGGACAUGACUAGCGUUCCGAUGGAGGGCUUUGGCAUGCAGACCGGCUGCUCAGGGCAGCCCCCGAAUAUGCUGAAGUCCAAAAUCGACAUGGGAUUCGAAUUCUUCGGCAACACCGCUGCCCAUCUGUAUCCAAGCCAUUGCACAGAUCCGGCGUGGCAGGACUCUUUCCGUGCCACGCUGAUGAAGCUGAAUGCCUAUGCUGCGGAGAGCCAGUACUUCUUCCAUCACAACGAGGACUACAUCUCCUUGGCACACGGGAACAUGAACGUGGACAAUGCCUACUUCUGGCGGAAUGAAGCGGGUGAGCUGGAGCUGGGAGUGUUUGACUGGGGCGGCAUGGGGGCGCGAAGCUUAGGCUUCAAGCUCUGGUGGUGGCUGUACUGUGCCGAUUUCGAAGUUCUGACUGCCAACAUGGACAAGUUCUUGGACUGCUUCGUGAACAGCUACGCCGAAGGGGGUGGUCCCAAGCUAGACAAGGAGGUGCUCCGCAUGAUGUUCGUGCUCGCGUCACACACGCAAAUGUUUGGGCUCCUGGCAGCGAUCGGCCAAAUCUACCGGAUGUGCCCAAAGAAGGAGUUCCCCAACAUCAAAGAUCGUUAUGACCCCAAAGUCGCGGAAAACAUCAAUGACAAGAGUACUCUGAGGCUGUACAUCCAGGUGAUGAGAACUGUGACGCUCAUCCACAAGGAGUGGCAGGCAGACAAGAUUAUGGACGACUUCGAAACUCAAGUUGUUGAGCUUACCGGAAGCA